AUGGAGAAAAGAAAUAGAGAAUCCUGUGCGGCCUGUAGAUGGAAUCGCAAAAAAUGUUCAGAGGAAUGUGUUUUGGCUCCUCAUUUUCCUUGCGCUGAUCCAGAAAAGUUUGCAAUUGUUCAGAAAGUGUUUGGAACAAACUAUAUUCUCAAACUAGUUCAAGGUAUAGAGUCUGAGGUAAGAGCAAGUGCAGUAAAAAAUAUGGUGUACGAAGCAAGUGUUAGAGUGAAGGACCCCAUCAAUGGAACUGCGAGUAUAGUCCAUGAACUAAUGGAGAAAAUAGGGAAGCUGGAAUCCCAGUUGGCAGAGAAGAAUGAAGAGCUCAUGAAUAUGCGUUCUCAAUAUGAUAAUCUUGUAUCCCUCCUGCACAUUGGAUCUCCUCAUGUUGAAGAAGAUGUAUAUCUCACUGAUAUAUAUACAUCACAACCAAUUGAAGAUAUCAUGCAUGACGAAGUGGAUCCAUUGCUCUUGUGGGAGCUGCCUUAA